AUGGCGAAGAUCGAGGCGAAGCUCCUCAUCGACAAGACGACGAACAAGGUGGUGUACGCGGAGACCGACGAGUGCUUCGUCGACACCCUCCUCAGCUUCCUCACCCUCCCACUAGGCAAGAUCGUCGUCCUCCUCAACCCUAACCCUAGCCCUACCCCUAGCCCCAACCCUAACCAUAGCCCUAACCCUAACCCUAACCCUAGCUCCGCCUUCCCCAUCGGCUGCAUUGGCAAUCUCCACCACAGCGUCGAUCGCCUCGACCCCGGCUUCUUCCGCACCCAAGCGUGCCGCUCCAUGCUCCUCUCCCCCCGCUCCGCCGCCACCCCCGCCGCCAUGGAGCAUGCGAUCGAAGCCCUAAGGAUCGACCCAGACCAGGAUCGGCGACGGCGAUCGGUCCACGUGUGCCCGGAGUGGACCUGCGCCACCGGGGACCACAAGAGCUACAGCCUUGCCCCGCACACGCUCUGCUCUUGUGGGCGCGUCAUGUCUAAGAGGGCGACGGUAGUUGGCGGGGGCGAUGGCGACGGCGACGGCGACGAUGGGGUUUUCGUGAGGGGGAAGGGGGUUAGGUAUAUCGUCACAGAUGAUCUCCGUGUGAUGAAGAGUUGCGCAUCGAAUUGUUUGGCGCUGCUGCAAAGGCUCGGGAUCAAGAGCUCAGGUGCUCUUCACCAUAAGAACGUCAAGAUCGGGAGAGAUGAGGUUUUGAAGCUACUUAAGCAGUCGCUAAUCUCCACGACGCCUUUGUCUGAUGUCUUUGUAAGUAACUGGUGGGCCAUGCUUAAUCAACAAAAAGUAUCAUCUAAAAUGCAUUAUUUCAGAGCACCAACUGCUGCAAAAUCAAUAUCCUCAGCGGCAACCACUAAAUCACAGGAAAUAAGAAUAACAGUUCUUCAGAAUAAGUCGACGAAUAAAGUGGCUUAUGCCGAAGCAGGGGAGGACUUCUUGGACCUUAUAUUCAGUUUCUUGGUGCUGCCGCUUGGAUUGGUAAUAAAGCUCCUGGCUGGAAGCAGUUCCAUUGGAUGUAUCGACAACCUUUAUCACAGCAUAGACGAACUAAGUGUCUGCUAUGAGUGCAUCAAGUCGGAGGAAUGCAAGUCCGCACUGAUGUCGCCCAAGCUCCCGCCCCAUUUUAGUGUUGAGAAAGGUUUAUUGAAUGUUGAAGAAGCACCAGCUCAGGUGUUAACAUUUAUUUCGUGCGAGGGUUGCUGCAAAAAAGGGUCAUCUGAUCCUCAGGACAAAGCAAAGAAUCUUUGCUCAAAAUCGAACAAAUGCACAGAAACGGUUGCUCUAACAGUUGUUAAUCCAAAAAGAUCCAUUUUAUCAGAGGAAAUUGCACAGAAGCCUCUAACAACAGCGGAAAGUGGGGGAGGGUAUGUGAAGGGGCCGAUGAGAUUCUUGGUCUCAGAUAAUUUGGGCGUGAUGCCGUUUUGUAGCAUCGACGGCUUGGAUGCUGUGAGGGACUCAAAGGGAAAUAUCGAUGAUCUAGAGGUGGUAAAGGUCAAUGUAGGCCCGGGAGAGGCUCUAGACCUGCUGAAAGCUUCUUUGGUUUCCCAUAGAGCUCUAACUGAUGCCUUCCUUUCUGGUCACUCCCAAGCACAAUGAAGUUUAAUGCUAAGUAUCAAAGAUGAAUAGUUAUUUCCUAUUCUUUUUCCAUUUCCUCAGUUCGCUUUCUUUUCAUUAGGUGUAUUGCCUUUGAUUUUUCCUAGUAAUACUCUUUAUUAAUGGCUCUGAGACUUUCUCUUGAGUUGGUUAGAUGCCAUAGGAGCUUUUAUUUCUUUUAUUUAUUGGAAGGGCCCAUAGGAUUAGUUUGUUUUAAUUGU